CCCAAACCCAGAUCUCUCAGCAACCAUAUCCAACCACCAACUCCGAAUCAAUAAAAACACUUCCCCAUAAACGAAAAAAACACCAUGGGCGUUACCAAGACCGUUAUCAAGCAAGGCGACGGCAUCACCUUCCCCAAGGCUGGUGAUACGGUCACCAUCCACUACGUCGGAACCCUACAGGAUAGUUCUAAGUUCGACUCGUCUAGGGAUCGUAAUGACCCCUUUGUCACCAAAAUAGGUAUAGGGAGAGUUAUCAAAGGAUGGGAUGAGGCCGUGCCUCGAAUGAGUCUGGGAGAAAGGGCCACACUCACCAUUACUCCUGACUAUGGCUACGGCGCGAAUGGUUUUCCCCCCGUCAUUCCCGCCAACGCUACCUUGAUCUUCGAUGUCGAGCUCCUCAAAAUCAAUUAGGACAGCCUUAAGCUAGCGGUGAAACGGGGAUUAUGGAUUUACAAAAGCUGUGACUGAGAUUCAUUCUCGCAUAAAAUGGAUAUUUAAAAAUUGAAUUAACAUCCCUUUUCUGCGGUGGA